GCCAGGUGGCUGGGUCCUUCCACGUGAGACACCAUGGUGUCCCGGGGCCGGGCCCGCCUGGGCCCCCAGUACGUGGGCCUCUGGGACUUCAAGGCCCGGACAAACCAGGAGCUAAGCUUCCGGGCAGGUGACCUCUUCCACGUGGCCCGGAAGGAGGAGGAGUGGUGGUGGGCCACACUGCUGGACGCAGAGGGCGGGGCCCUGGCUGAAGGCUACGUGCCCCACAACUACCUGGCCGAGAGGGAGACGGUGGAGUCUGAGCCGUGGUUCUUUGGCUGCAUCUCCCGCUUGGAAGCCUUGCACCGACUGCAGGCAGACGGUACGGAGCCAGGGGCCUUCCUGAUCAGGGUCAGCGAGAAGCCGGGCGCCGACUAUGUCCUCUCAGUGCGGGACAGGCAGGCUGUGCGGCACUACAGGAUCUGGAGGUGUGCUGGCCGGCUGCACCUCAGCGAAGCCGUGUCCUUCCCCAGUCUGGCCCAGCUCGUGGGCCACCACCAGGCACACAGCCUGUCCAAAGGCCUGCGGCUGACUGUGCCCUGCUGGAAGCACGAGCGGGAGCCCCUGCCCCUCUGUGCCGACUGGGAGCGGCCCCGGGAGGAGUUCACGCUCUGCAGGAAGCUGGGGGCCGGCUACUUCGGGGAGGUCUUCGAGGGGCUCUGGAAAGGCCAGGUCCGCGUGGCCAUUAAGGUGAUUGCCCGAGACGACCUCCUGCACCAGCACACGUUCCAGUCGGAGAUCCAGGCCAUGAAGAAGCUUCGGCACAAGCACAUCCUGGCACUGUAUGCGGUGGCGUCCGUGGGGGACCCCGUGUACAUCGUCACAGAGCUCAUGGCAAAGGGGAGCCUGCUGGAGCUCCUGCGGGAGUCUGAUGAGAAGGCCCUGCCUGUCUUGGAGCUGGUGGACAUUGCCUCCCAGGUGGCCGAAGGCAUGUGCUACCUGGAGUCGCAGAAUUAUAUCCACCGGGACCUGGCUGCCAGGAACAUCCUCGUGGGAGAGAACAACAUCUGCAAAGUGGGGGAUUUCGGGCUGGCCAGGCUCAUCAAGGAGGACAUCUACCUUUCCCACGACCGCAAAAUCCCCUACAAGUGGACUGCCCCAGAGGCGCUCUCCCGAGGGCACUACUCCAUCAAAUCCGACGUCUGGUCCUUCGGGGUUCUCCUCCAUGAGAUUUUCAGCAGGGGCCAGACGCCCUAUCCAGGCAUGUCCAACCACGAGGCCUUCAUGAGAGUGGACUCUGGCUACCGCAUGCCCUGCCCCCCCGAGUGCCCGCCCAGUGCCCACAGGCUGAUGCUCGCAUGCUGGCACCGGAGCCCUGAGCAGAGGCCCUGCUUCCGAGCCCUGCGGGAGCAGCUCUGCGGCUUCACCAGCUACGAGAACCCAACCUGAGUGCCGAGUGCGGUCCUCCCCACCCACUGCCUGGAGGUGGCAAAAGGCACGACAGCGCCUAGAUCCAGACUGUAUGCUCGGGGCAGGAAGCUGCGCCAGCCACCAGGGCGCCCUGCCCUGGGCAGAGAUGCUCUCUGCGGCCUGGAGCCGACUGCCUCUUCUGAGACACCAGCACCAGAAACAUGCCAGGCCCUCCCACCUGCCUCGACGUGGAGCCGUGCAGGAGUGGGGAGCGGAGCUGUGCCUGGCACUGACCCAGUCCACCAGCCGUCAGGACCAGUGCUUGGCCUUCCAGCCAGUACAUGGUGGGAGCCUGGGUCCUGGCUGUGCCCUCCUUUUGCCACCUGGCCCCUGCCUGCCCCGACUCGAGGCUGGGAAGACACCCAGCACUCAAACAGGCUCUGCUGGUGGUUGGGCGCUGCCACCUACCAUCCCAGGACCAGGUGGCUGCCCCAGUCUCCCUGCCACUGUUAUCAGGAGCUGCCUCCGAAGGCUCUGGGGCCUGGUCUGGACACUAUGGCCAGAAAGAUGGGGUGGGGCACUUGCCCAUCCAGCUUUGGGACCACAGGAGAGCCUGGGUAAGC